UCUCUCUCUCUCUCUCUCUCUCUCUCUCUAAGAUUAUAGGUGGACAUAUGGAGAGCGUCAGAAACAGCUCGGAGAAGAAGACGUCAUACAGCAGAAGACUUGGGAAAUAUAUGAGAGAACAAAAGGGGAGGAUUUACAUCAUAAGAAGCUGUGUAGCCAUGCUCCUUUGCUGGCAUGAUUGAACAUGCAUGCAUGUACAUGCACAUGCACAUGCACAUACACAUACGCAUGUGUCUGUGUGUGCGUGUGUACUGUUUUUGCCUUUUGUAGUCCGUUUUGUAAAUACAUAUAGUUGAGAGUGAUCGAUGACCAGUUAAUCAGAAGAUCUCUACCUUUUUAUGCAGUAAA